CAGUCAGUAUCCACUCCGAGGUGUGCUCUCCAUUGAGUCGCACACGGAGGGAAAGCCUCUUGGCAAGUUGGAACCUGGAAAUAACGUCCUGUGGCUCCAGGGAACGGCGAACUGAGUCGGACUUUUGUUUCGAAAGGGAAGAGUUGUUUUUCAGGGCGAUAGUAGUCUUUAUUUGUUCCCACAACAGAACAGCAACUGACUGAACGGGUUCCCGUCGGGGAGCAUUUUUUGUUUGGGUCAGACUGUGAAUACAACCGCUGGCGCGGUUUCUGCGGGUUCUGCUUGGAGAGAAAUUGGAAAAAUAUUUCCAAUUCUUUGUGCCUGACGUAUUUGAGGCUGCUGCUUUGUUAACGUUAAGCUGUAAUGAGGAGAGCAUUGAACAGCGGUGAAGCGCCAGACGGAGACAGCGAAAGCUAAAAGCUCAUCUCACCAACCAACGGUGGUCAACGACCACAGCCUCGACCACAAAAUACAGGCUGCUCAUUGCAGUGAGUCAGUAUCAUGGAGGCAGGCAGCGGGGCUGCCGCAGCGGUGGGGAGUGCAGCACUAGGACUGCUGGGAGCCACAGCCACGUCCAGCCAUGACAUCUUGGACAGGGGACUGAGGCCUGGACGUCACCUGGAGGACGACGACAUUGUGCCUGAACUGGCUAACAUCCAUCCCAGAGAGAGACCUGACUGGGAGGAGACCAUCAGUGCCAUGGCGAGGAGUGCAGAGAUCCCUGAGCUGAGGACGGAGCCCCUCAUGCGCUCAUGCAGCAGCAGCACGGCCAGCAUGAAGGUCAAGAAUGUUAAGAAACUUUGCUUCACCAAGGGCCACUUCCCGAAACUGGCAGAGUGCGCUCACUUCCACUACGAAAACGUGGACUUUGGCACAAUUCAGUUGUCCCUGGGGGACGAACAGUGUGAAGUGACGCGGAACGGCUAUGAGUCCAAGGAGCUGGUGUACUUAGUUCAUAUUUACUGCCAGGUAAGACUCCACUGCGUUUGAUGGUGCAGUAAUACA